GUUCGAUCACGAUCCACACGAUCUCAAAUGCACGACGGUGGUGCAGCAGAUCAUCAUGUUGAAGAUAAUCUAAAACGUACUUUGUCAUUGUCAGAGGCGCGGUUCUUCGUUGUUUAGUCUUCACUAGUUGCGAGGUCUGAUGCGAAAAAUGCGGUCUCCACUCCUCAGCGGAGUGUUGUUGCUCUCCGCCACUACUGGCGACUGUCUCCUCGCAAAGACCUCGCAAGGGGUUCGCAACAAGUUGAGCAGUCGGAGUAAGACGGGAGGCGUGUUUAAACAGGUUGUGGAUGCGCUGCAAAAAGCACUGACCGACGUGGCAGCGCAGAAGAAAGCAAACGACGACGAAUACACCAAAGUCAGCUGUGUGUGCAAUGAGCUCAUCGACGAGGCAAAGGAGAACAUCCCGAAGCAUGAGGAGAACAUCGAGAAGGCGAAAGCGAAGCUGGAGGAGCUCCGGGCGGAAAACGAAAAGCUUUCAGUGAAGAGCGCCGAACUCGAUGAGGCCGUGGCAAAGAACACCGCGGAGCUGAAGGAUGCGACGGCUUUGCGCAAAGAGGAGAAGGAUAAAUACGACACCGACAUGGCCGACAUGACAGAGGGUGUCUCGCAAAUGACCGCAGCACUGAAAAUCUUGUCGGAAGGCACAGCGCUGAUCCAGACUUCAGCGGUGCCGCGGAGCGUCGCGCUGAAGCACCUUUCGACGGCGGUCGAGAAAAUGCGCGGAAGCUCCCGAAACGCACUGUCGCAGACAGUUUCGAUGAUCCAGACGGGAACACGAACCAGCGGUCAAAUCAUCGGGAUUCUGACAAACUUGAAGACGACUUUAUGACAAGCUCAGCACUUAAAUUUAAAAGACGUCAGCUUUUUAGGUAGUUGAGGCACCGUGCCUGAAUUUCGUUAAAGGUUGCAAAUCUAAAUCUCAGAAAAAGUCGUACGCAAUUCGCUUCAAUAUCAACAUUCCUUGUAGGUUGAUUGUUGGUCGUUGUGGCGGUGAUUUUCCUGAAAAUCACAAUCAAGUAGAAGAGAAACCAAAAAUGCGUUCCAAACACACGCAGGCAACUUUUUCGAAUUUAGUUUCUGAGCUUGUUAUAGACGUUUGAGGCGGACAUGGCGACUAUGACGGCUAAGGAAAAGGAAGCGCUCGCGUACUUCACGGCGUACAAGGAGCGAACGGAGGCGCAAAUUAAGGCCGACUCGGAGCUCUCCGCAGACCACAAGGAGACCAUCGCCGACAACUCGGGCGUGAUUGACACGUAUGCAAGAAAAAAACUGUGUAAGUGUAAGUCCCUUGGAAGAAUAGCAUCACAAGUUUGCUCUGCAUGACGCAGAAAACCUGUCACGCGUAGCUAGUACUUGAAAACACGUACGAAAAUAGCCUCUGAUGCAUGUCCAGCAUGACGAGUGUAACAGUUUUGCAUUUUCUGCAACACAAAGUUACACUUACACAGUUUUUUUCUUGGAUACCGCGACAGCGGCCUUCAAGAAGACCGAGGAGGGCAACCUUAAAGCCAUGGAGGCCCAGCUGAAGGAGCAAACCACAAUCCUGGCGGACCACACGCGAUUCCACACGGAAACCUCCGCGGCAGCGAGUGCGCAAGAGGAGAGCAUUUCGGGCGCCAUCACGCUGCUGUCCAGCCCCGAAGCGAUGAAAACCGCAGCUAAAUCCGAGGAGCACAUGGAGUUUCCCGACUUCCUGCAAACUGGAAACUCUGGCCGCGUCGGAAGUGUUGCAGUCGCCCAAAGAGAAGCAGGCUCGUAAUAUGGCCUCCUCAGCUGUCGCAAUCUCAACUUUUAGAAUACGCGUGAGACAGGCUAGUGUUUGUUUUCCCUUCACGAUUAUUUUCAAAAAACUAGCUGAAAUAAUUCAAGUAAAAACUGGCGUUUUUAGGGAUCGACUAUGGGGUUUUAAUGCAGCAGUGCAUACUAGGUGCUUACCGUGCAGCACACGACGAGGAUCUCUUCAUUUUAAAGUGAGAAGCAAAGGUUUUAGUGAUACCCAGAUCGGUUCCAAAUCCUGAGAACCAGCUGCAUCGGGUUCGCAGCCACAAUUUAAAAGUUGAGAACGCCGCAGCUUAAGAGUGCAUAAGAAUGGGUGGUCUGCCGUCUACAACGCGAUCGAUGACAUGCUUUCCUCUUUGAACGAUGAGAUCGCCGAGGCCAAGCAGCACUUCGUGGAUUGCGAGGCCGCGCUGAAGAUGCACGCCGUGAACGAGCAUACGCUGAAGGAAGAGAAGACGAAGCGCCUGGCCCAGAUUGCUGACCUGGAGGAGUCCAUUGACGCUUCCAAAAAGACCAUCGAGGAGUCCAACGACACCAUUGCCUCGCGGAGCAAGGCCAUUGCGGAGCUGACGCAGGACAUCCGGGACACGCGCGCGAACUCGGAGAAGGAGACCGCAGAGGCGUCCGCCGCACAUUCGCUGUUCCUGAAGGCCAUCGAAUUCCUGAAGUCGUUCGAACCCACCAAGGUCGAGGGGCCAGCGGAGUCGGCCGGGUCCAGCUACGCAACGGGGGCGAUUGAAGCUGGCAACGAGAAGGUCAUUUCCAUCGUCACCGAGGUGGACGAGUCCAUGAUGAAGAACGUCAAGGAACUGCAGGACAAGGCCGCCGAGGACAUCGAAUCCUUCCAAGAGCAAAUCGCCACGGCGAAGGACGAAAUUGCCGACGCUGAAGCCGCGUUGGCGAAGGCGCAGACGGACCUCGCUGAGGCCACCAAGGACUUGAACAGCCAGAACCGCUACAUGGAGAAAAUCAACGAAGGCCUGGCCGGCGAAAGCGCCUGGUGGGGGCCCGCUCCCGGAAACAAGUUGCCCGCACCGGGACAACAUUGCGCGGAGUAUGUGGGAAGGAGCGACCUGUACGAUGGACCUGCUCGUGUUGGCUCCGGUGGCGAGUACGCGGCAACUUCGGACACCGACGGCAGCGGUGUCUUCCACAGCAAGAUCAAGAGCGCAACCGACGAGGUCGCCUCUCUGAAAGAAAUGAAGAAGACGGUGAAGGACCUGGAGUCGGCGUACAUCACACCGCAAAACUAAACAGGGUUUUAGAAGUAAAGCGCAGAAGCGGCAUUGCGCUCUGUGCGAGAGGACAUGCGAUUCAUCUUCGCAAAGGCAUCGUCGCCCAGCAGCGAUUGAUUUCUAUCGCUUCAUGUACAAUUUAGACGUCAAAUUCGGUGUAUUACUUUAAAUGCAUUUUGAUUUUCGUAGUAGGGAACCCACCUAAGUUGUAAUCUUUUUCGUCUCUCAGGUCUUGAUUACGUGGCGUUUCAAGAAGAAGCAGCAAAGUUUUGUUUUUUACGUCAGGUUUCAUGGUUUAGUUUUUUACGUCAGUUUGGCUCAAUGUUGUUUUUUUUUAUCGGCAAAUUCAGUAUGUAUAUGUAAUCGCAAAUCAACUUCUUAAUAUGUAAUCGCAAAUCAACUGUAACAUGUGACGACUGACUGUUCUUCUGGCGUCAUUUGAAUUUUGGCCGGAGAGAGCGCACCGGUUAUAUCUGAAGCGAUGAUGUUGCCGUGCAAGAUGAUGCGUGCCUCCUUAGAAUUGCAUACGACCAUGUAGUUCUAUGUUUUGGUAAAGUCAGAUUCCCGGUCUAUGGAUUGGGAAAAGGAGAAAGCAGAGACUCUAUCUGUAUCUCCUGCUUUCAUAAGCUCAUUACAUUCAUUGAAAGCGGAGUUCGGCCUGUUGAGAUGGCCUGGUAGCGAGC